UGGUACUCAGUACAAAACUGAAAGGUACUUAAAAACGCAUUUACAGAUCAUUCAAAUUUCCGUGGAACUGCGAAUUGCGAAGGAGAAUCGAUCUCAUUUCUUUAUCUGGAGAAGAAAAUCAGAGGAUUCGUCGUCGUUCGUAGCGUUUCUGAACUCAGAAUUGUCUCUGUUGGUCCACUAUUACGAUCCACGAAGUUCAUCAGGUCCCUAAUUCUAUUCAUCACAGGUUUCGCUGAAUCUAAAGAGCUAACCUUGAACACACUCCGUAGAACGUGGAACAGCAUACAUGUUGUUGAAGAAUGCUCCAUUUGGUACCAAAUUUCUCUAAGGUCUUGCCCCGAUAUUCCACUGACUAUCAUUACUGGACAUGUGACUUUUGAGUUGAGGGAUACACCAAGAUGGGAACUAUCCAUCGCAGUGGAGUUCCGAAGAAAUCAAAUGACAAUGCCAGACUUAUCAUCACAACUAUUCUUGGAAUAGUAUUUGGUUUUUUUGUUGGUAUUUCAUUCCCAUCUGUUUCAGUUACUAAGCUUAACUUACAUUCUGGUGGCCUUUUAUCCUCCAUUGAUGCUGCCAUUAUUAGCGAAAAUAGAUCUGGCAGAACUUCUAAAACUGAUCCAAAUAAGAGCAAACCCUCUGAGACUCGUGGAUCAGGUGAUAUUCCAAAGAUAUAUGUUUCAACAAAUCCUCGUGGUGCAGAGUUAUUACCUCCUGGUAUUGUUGUGUCUGAGUCAGAUUUCUAUUUGCGAAGAUUAUGGGGAGAACCCAGUGAGGACCUGAAAACUAAGCCAAAGUACUUGGUGACAUUCACAGUUGGAUUAGAUCAGAUGAAUAACAUUGAUGCAGCUGUUAAAAAGUUUUCUGAAGAUUUCACGAUUUUGCUUUUUCACUAUGAUGGUCGGACAAGUGAAUGGGAUCAGCUUGAGUGGUCACAGCGUGCGAUUCAUGUGAGCGCAAGGAGGCAAACAAAAUGGUGGUAUGCAAAGCGGUUUUUGCAUCCAGAUGUAGUGGCAGCUUAUGAUUACAUUUUUAUCUGGGAUGAAGACCUUGGUGUUGAGCACUUCAAUGCAGAGAAGUACCUUGAGUUGGUAAAGAAACAUGGCCUGGAGAUCUCUCAACCUGGACUUGAGCCUAAUAAUGGGCUUACUUGGCAGAUGACUAAGAGGAGGGGUGACAGUGAAGUUCACAAGGAAACAACAGAAAAAGCAGGCUGGUGUGGUGACCCACAGGUUCCUCCAUGUGCAGCGUUUGUGGAAAUUAUGGCCCCUGUUUUUUCUCGGAAAGCUUGGCGUUGUGUGUGGCAUAUGCUUCAGAAUGAUUUGGUACAUGGAUGGGGACUGGACUUUGCACUAAGAAGAUGUGUCGAGCCACCUGCACAUGAGAAGAUUGGUGUGGUUGAUUCGCAGUGGAUUGUUCAUCAAGUGAUUCCUUCCCUAGGGAAUCAGGGCGAGGCUGAGCAGGGGAAAGCACCAUGGGAAGGGGUAAGAGAAAGGUGCAAAAGUGAGUGGGCAGAGUUUCAAAAUCGCCUUGCUAAUGCCGACAAAGCUUACUUUGCUCAGAUCGGGAUGGGAUAACUACUAGAAUUCUUUGCUCAAUUUUUUCUUAUCAGUCACCUUUUCUGUGAAUGCCUUUAUUGUAUCCUUUCUUAUUCUGAGGGUGUUAGCUUUUUUGUUCUUUAAGUGAAGUUUUCUUCCUUACUGUACCUAGCGUUUUCCCGCAGCUGUUGAGAUACAUAAUUACUAAAGGAAGAUAAUUUCACUUUCUGUCCA